AUGGCUAGUUACAUCGGCAUUAUCCCUACAUUCACACCGGACAGUGACUUCACGAUUUUCGAAGAAAGGUUCGAACAGUUCUGCCUCGUGAACAAAAUCGUGGACGAAAAAUGCAAAGUUGCCCUGUUGCUAAGUCAGAUGGAAACGGAUGUAUACAAGAUACUUCGCGAUUUAUCAUUUCCAAUUCCACCCAAGGACAAGUCUUUAGAAGAGCUGAAAAAGGAGCUCCAAAAGCAUUUCAGUCCAAAAGUAAACGUGUUUAGGGAACGAAUUCAGUUCUUCCGAGCCCACCAAACCGCCGAAGAAAGUUCUAAUGAGUGGUAUGCAAGAUUAAAAAAUCUCGCGGUCAACUGUAAAUUUGAGCACCUCCAAGAGACACUGGUUGAUCGGUUCGUGUCGGGAAUGCGAGAGGGACCCGUGAUGGACCGACUAGUGGAAGAACCAGUCAGUCAAAGUCUCGAGAAGUUAAUCGAAAUUGCCAACAGCAAGGAGUUGGCGUUAGCAUACACCACUGGUAAAGGAAGCGAGGACAGAAUUCAGGCAGUAUACAGUGGUCACCAUAAACUAGGCAACUUCCGGGGAAGAAACCAACACAAACCCAGAAAACCAGAUGCAAAUGAAGAAUAUAAAGAAAGUUAUGACAUGGGAAGAGUGAAGAACCAAAGCAGAACCACCGUGAAAUGUAAGUGCUGUGGCAAAACACAUGCUGGAACGUGCAAGUUCCAGAAUUAUACCUGCAAUGCAUGUGGCAAAAAGGGACACUUACAGAGUGUCUGCAGGGCAAGGCAGAUCAACGCAAUGGAGACCCUACAAAGUGAACAAGGAAGCGGAAGCGAGGUUAGUAUAUAUGACGAAGGACAUUAUCUAAACUCUAUAUAUAACAUUAACAACACUCUUAAGCCAAUCGAACUCUCUGUGUUAAUAGAUGGCAAAAAAUAUUGCAUGCAGUUAGAUUCAGGUUCCGGCAUAUCUGCAAUAAGCAACAAGUUUUAUGUAAAUAAUUUGAACACUUACCAAAUUCAUCCAACAGUAAUGUCGUUUAAAGGUUACACAGGUGAAUCAAUUGUACCAUUAGGAUUCAUAAAUGUUACAGUAGAAUAUGGAGAUAUGGCAAGUGAGUUAAAACUAUUUGUAAUUGAAAAUGCUAUGACAGGAUUGUUAGGCAGGGAUUUCAUCAAUAAUUUUAACAUUAUUUUCACUCCAGCAGGAAUAAACGCCAUUGACUCGGUGGUGGACGUGAAGACUACGUUAAGGGGGGAGUUUCCUGAUGUGUGUACUUCAGCUCUCGGAUGUUUUAAACACGGUAAGAUUUCUUUGAAGUUAAAGCCUAACGCCGUCCCAAAGCACCAUUCUCCGAAACCUGUACCCUUAGCCCUUAAAUCCAAAGUCGAGUACGAAUUAGAGAGGAUGAUUCAAAGAGGAAUCAUUACACCAACCGUAACAGCAGAAUGGAGUUCCCAUAUUGUCCCAGUUCUGCGAAAAAAUGGCACCGUACGCAUAUGUGGUAGCUAUAUAAAUCUCAACAAAAAUCUAGUAGAUGUGUAUUAUCCAUUACCACGCAUAGAUCAGAUUUAUGCUAAUCUGAAAGGAAAUUACAAAUUUUCCAAAAUAGAUCUAAGCGACGCGUAUAUGCAGUUCGAACUCGAUGAUGCGUCAAAAAAGCUGGUCACUAUAUCCACGCAUAAAGGAUUAUACAUGGUUAACCGAAUGCCCUUUGGGAUUAAGUGUGCAAGCUUUUACUUCCAAAAACAUAUUGACCAACUUUUUCAAGGCAUCGACAAUGUAUUCACCUUCCAGGAUGACAUCUUAAUCGGACAUAAACGUGGCGAAAACCACCUAGAUAUUUUGAGACGAGCCCUAACCAUAUUAAAAAACGCAGGCCUAACGGUAAACCUGGAUAAAUGUCAGUUUCUCCAAAGUAAAAUCUCGUAUCUGGGAUACGACUUAUCAGAAAACGGUUUAAGUAAAAGCAAAGAUAAGAUCGAAGCAAUAACAUCUGCUCCACCACCAAAUAAUAUUACCGAACUUAAAUCGUUUAUUGGAAUGGUUAAUUAUUAUAGCAAAUUUAUACCCAACAUUACAGAAACUCUAGCACCCCUCUAUCAGUUACUAAAAAAGGAUGUUAAAUAUCAAUGGACAGAUAAAUGUGAUACAGCGUUCAGAAGUAUUAAGCAAAAGAUUGCGUCUGAUACGGUUCUAACUUACUUCGAUCCUAAUCUACCCAUCAUUGUAACAUGUGAUGCUUCUGAACGUGGCAUAGCAGCAGUUCUUGCACACAAGAUGACAGACAACACUGAAAAAAUGGUGACAUGUGUAUCAAGAACUUACACUAAAGCUGAGCAGAACUACUCAGUAGUACACAAAGAAAGUUUAGCAUGCUAUUUCGCCAUAAACAAAUUCCAAGAAUACUUAUAUGGACAGAGAUUUAUUUUGCGAACAGAUCAAAAAUCGUUGGUCUACUUGUUUGGGAAACAAAAGGAAAUAAAUCAGACAUAUGCUAAUCGAAUAAAGCGCUACGCACUGUAUUUUUCAAACUUCGAUUUCCAAAUUGAACAUAUAAAGGGACGUGACAACGCAGUCGCAGACUGUUUAUCGCGAUUACCACUAGACAAGCAAUUUACAGUUGACGAAGUAGAAUACAAUAGCAUAUAUUUCUCUAAUGUAGAUAUUCCGAUAGACAAUACAAUGGUAAAAGAAGAAACAGCAAAUGACGCUAUCUUAACUAAGGUUAUAGAAUUUGUUCGAUCGGGAUGGCCAAACGAGAUCGAUGAAAAUUAUCGACCAUUUUAUAAUCGCAAAUUAGACCUCCACGUGGUAAAUGGCUGUUUGUUGUUUGGAGACCGUAUCGUGAUACCAACCACAAUGCGAGAAAUAGUAAAAAAAGAACUACACUCUACUCAUGAAGGCAUCGUGCGAAUGAAAGCUAUGGCGAGAUCGUUCUUAUGGUUUCCUGGAGUCGACAAAGAAAUUGAACAGAUAUGCAAAUCGUGCAAAGCUUGUCUGUCUGUCACAUCUCAUCCCCCAAAAACCUAUGUAUCCUGGCCGGAAUCUUCUAAUCCGUUCGAAAUAGUCCACAUGGACUUUUUCACGUUCCUGCAAAGACAAUACCUGAUCAUAGUAGACAGCUGCACUAAAUGGUUAGAAAUUUACAGUAUGAAAAACAUUACAAGCGAGAGUACUGUAGAAAUGCUGAGAGACUGCUUCUCUCGAUUUGGGCUGCCAGAAACAGUUGUUUCCGAUAACGGACCUUCCUUCGUCUCCGAAGAAAUGGAGAUUUUCUUUUACCGGAACGGAAUCAAACACAUGACAAUCUCGCCAUACAACCCUCAAAGUAACGGCCUUGCUGAAAACGGUGUUAAAAUAGUAAAAAACAAGCUGAAGUCGGCAUUGGCAGAUGAACAAAAUAAAAAUGCCACCAUCCAGACGAUACUUUCCCGUUUCCUGCUAGUUUAUAGAAACACACCGCAUACGACGACCAAAAUAUCUCCAGCUAGUGCUAUGUUUGGUCGAGAAUUACGUACAAGGUUUCAUCUAAUGACUCGUACUGACCAUGUCUCAAAAAAAAUACCCCGCGAACCAACUACAAGUCGAACUUUUAAAAUCAACGACAAAGUCAUAAUCAGAGACUAUCGGACAACCGAGAGGAAAUGGGUUGAUGCGAAAAUAAUAAAAACAAUUGGCAACGCCACUUAUUUAUGCCAGCUCGCAUCUGGAACGGUGUGGAAACGUCACCCAAAUCAAAUAAAGAAAAGGAGUGAGGGUUGCGAAUCAGUAUUGAGUAAAAGCACCGCCAUUAAACAGCACAGAGGACAUUGCAAUGUGAAAAUCGGAAUGCCCAUAAAUUACGAUCCUACGUUACCACAACUACCCAUCCCUGCCCCAGUACGUAGCACUUCCACUAAUCUGGAUCCUGUACCAGCAGGUAUGAACAACACACGUCAGGACACUCAUCCUUUACCAGCCACCGAGCCAAUGUGUCCUCCCGCAGCACAUGAAUGUAUUAGACCAUCUAGAAUUAGGAAAACCCCAAAGAUCCUAGAUGAUUUUAUUGUUAGUAUGUAA